UCCUUCUCUUCUGCCGGUCCUUCUGUUCGCUGAAUCAUAUUUGUUCUUCUUUUUGUUUCCGAUCCAUGCUUGUUUUGUCAAUAUCGUAUUCAAUGGUUUUCAUGCCUUGUUCUUUACUGGCAAUAUUCCUUUUCUACGUCUUCGCUUGUUGUUCUCUCUCUUUCUAAUUUGCUUUUAGCAUAGCUGCUGCAGUGCAUAUAUUCGUUUAAUUUCUAUUUUAUGUUUCUGAAGAGUAUUUAUUCUUCUGGCACUUUGCUACUUCCUCUUUAAUUUCUGUCCUGCCAUAGUGGGAUUUUUCUUUUCAUUCGCUGUGUCAUUUUUUGCGUUGAAUAAAGGGGGAUUGUGGGUUCCGUUGGCUUUAUUUUGUGUAUUUAAUGAGCUAUUGACCUAAUCGUUCUUUGUAUGAAUUUAAAAUUUGAAGAGGAGAAUAUGUAACUCAAAGUUUCAAAGGCCUGAACGAGAAGCUAGAGAAUUAUUUAUUCAUUUAUUUAUUUUGCUGCAAUUGGAUGUAGAUGUUUUGUGGUUGAUUGAUUCUUACAGGCCCUGAAGAUUAUGUAGCUGAGUACUACCAGCAGCAGGUAGAAAUGCUCGAGGGAUUUAAUGAAAUGGAUGCUUUAACUGAUCGUGGUUAUGUUCCUGGAAUGUCUAAGGAAGAACGUGAAAAAUUAGCAAAGAGUGAAACAUUUGCCAUCAGAAUAUCAAAUGUUGCCAAUAUGGUUUUGUUUGCAGCUAAAGUAUAUGCAUCGAUUAGAAGUGGUUCCUUAGCUAUAAUUGCAUCCACACUGGAUUCCCUUCUUGAUCUUUUAUCAGGUUUCAUUCUAUGGUUCACUGCAUUUUCCAUGCAAACACCAAACCCGUACCAGUAUCCUAUUGGCAAAAAACGUAUGCAGCCUUUGGGCAUUCUUGUUUUUGCCUCUGUGAUGGCAACUCUUGGAUUACAGAUAAUAUUGGAGUCAAUUCGGACUCUCUUAUUAGGUGAUUCUGUGUUCAACUUAACCAAGGAGCAAGAGCGAUGGGUUGUGGGCAUUAUGAUUUCAGUUACUAUAGUGAAACUACUCUUAAUGGUCUAUUGCCGGACUUUCACCAACGAGAUAGUCAAAGCAUAUGCUCAAGAUCAUUUCUUUGAUGUAGUCACCAAUGCGAUCGGCCUUGUUGCUGCCCUUCUCGCUAAUUAUAUAGCUGGCUGGAUCGACCCUCUUGGAGCUAUUAUUCUGGCUUUAUACACUAUACGCACAUGGUCGAUGACGGUAUUGGAAAAUGUGAACUCCCUUGUUGGAAGAUCAGCUGCCCCCGAGUAUCUACAGAAGCUCACCUACUUAUGUUGGAACCAUCACAAGGCCAUCAGACACAUUGACACAGUUCGAGCGUAUACAUUUGGAUCACACUACUUCGUCGAGGUCGAUAUUGUCCUACCUGGAGAAAUGCCAUUAGAAGAGGCUCAUGACAUUGGUGAGUCGCUGCAAGAAAAGCUCGAGCUGCUACCGGAAAUUGAGAGGGCCUUUGUUCAUCUUGAUUACGAGUACAAGCAUAAACCAGAGCACGCACAGGCACACUCUUAGAACAAGGCAAGGCAACAUGGUGAUUUCUUCAACUCUAAACCCCGCAUGUUCAUUUAUGUGGUAGUGUAAAAUUGCAAUAACGAUCUUGUAAAUUUGUGCCUGAUUCUGCCUGAAUGAUGAGGAAUUUCUUUGGUGAUUUUAGAAGAAAAUUCAGAGCAACAAAUCUAAGAGAAUCUUUGAGUUGAGUGGCUCGUUAAAUGUCGAUAGAAGCUGGCAAUUGUAUAAAAGUUGGAAAUUCUUAAGCCAUGAUUUCACAAAAUUAUCCAGAAUUAUUAUUAUUAUUAUUA